CAAGCUGCAGCUUGUCAUGGCCACCUACAAGGUGACAGUGGCAACAGGUGACAUGGUGGAAGCUGGGACCAACAACUCCAUCUCCAUCACCUUGGUGGGCAGCUACGGCGAGAGCCGCCAGACCACCGUUCCCUUCUUGUUCCAGCCAGGGAAGGAGAAGAACCUGUCUGUGCACUGUGGGCAGGACUUGGGCCCCAUUGUCCUUAUCCGCCUGCACAAGUGGCGGCUCUUCUUGGAGGACGCCUGGUUCUGCAAGGACGUCCGGGUGACAGCCCCCAACGGCACCCUGUAUCGCUUCCCCUGCUACCAGUGGCUGGAGGGGGUCACCACGGUGGAGGUGCGGGAGGGCGCAGGUAGGACCCACCCUGCCCCCAUCCUGCUUUUGAUGUCCAGAGCUCCGACUUUUGACACCUCCCUUCUUUCAGGGAAGAAGCUGGUGGAUGACAAGCUUCAGAUCCUCAAGGAACAUCGUCAUCGGGAGCUGGCAGCACGGCAGGAGGCUUACCGGUGGAAGAACUUUGCCCAAGGCUGGCCCCGUUGCCUCAGCGUGGACUCCGUCUUCGAACUUGACUCGAACAUCCAGUUUUCCCGCAUCAGGGCCACCAACUUCACUGGUUUCCUCAUCUUCCAAGGGGCCUCCCACUUUCUGUCAGGGUUCCUACUGAGACGCACCUCCUGGAACAGCCUGGAUGAGAUGCGCACCAUCUUCUCCCGGACACAGGGCAGGGAUAUUGUCCCUGAGUAUGUGGCCAAGCACUGGCAAGAAGAUGACUUCUUCGGUUCCCAGUUCCUCAAUGGCAACAACCCCAUCAUCAUCCACCGCUGCACCACGCUGCCGCCCAAAUUCCCGGUGACACCAGAGAUGGUUGCUGGCUCGCUGGGGGAUGGCACUGACCUGGGCAAGGAGCUGCAAGAAGGUCGGAUCUUCAUUGUGGACUACAAGGUGCUGGAGGACAUCCCGGCUGACACCAUUUACGGACGCCAGCAGUACGUAGCGGCCCCGCUCUGCCUGCUUCACCAGGGCACUGAUGGACUCCUGCGUCCCAUCGCCAUCCAGCUCAGCCAAACGCCAGGACCCUGCAGCCCCAUCUUCCUGCCGAGUGAUGAUGAGUGGGACUGGCUGUUGGCCAAGACCUGGGUGCGCAACGCGGACUUCUACAGCCACCAGCUCCUCACCCACCUGCUGAGGACCCACCUUUUUGGGGAGGUCUUCGCCAUUGCCACCCUGCGCCAUCUGCCCACCUGUCACCCCCUCUUCAAGCUCCUCAUGCCCCAUUUCCACUUCACACUGCACAUCAACACCUUGGCUCGCAGUGUCCUCAUCAACCCUGGUGGCCUCAUUGACAAGGGCUCAGGGGUGACCUACGAGGGGCUGCUGCUGGUGGUGCAGCGAGGCCUGGAGCAGGUGACCUACACGUCCCUGUGCCUCCCCGAUGACAUCCGCCACCGCGGCAUGUCCCACGUCCCCAACUACCACUACCGAGAUGACGCGAUGAGGCUCUGGGAAGCCAUUGAGAGCUUUGUCACCGGCAUUGUGACAUUCUACUAUGGUGGGGAUGCAGCAGUGAGCGGGGACACCGAGCUGCAGGCCUGGGUGAUGGACAUCUUCACCAAUGGCUUCCUGGGCAGGACCUCCUCAGGUGUUCCGUCCUCGCUGCAGACCGUGGCAGAGCUCAUCAAGUUCCUCACCAUGGUGAUGUUCACCUGCUCGGCGCAGCACGCAGCUGUCAACAACGGGCAGUAUGACCUGGGAGCCUUCGUCCCCAACGCCCCAUCCUCCAUGCGCCACCCACCACCCUGUGAGAAGGGCCGGGCCUUCCUCCAGCACUUCCUUGACACCAUCCCCGAAGUGGCCACCACUGCCAACAUCCUGGUGGCCCUCAUUCUCCUCAGCUCCCAGCUCAAGGACAGGAGGCUCCUGGGACAGUACCCCGAGGAGUGGUUCACGGAGGCGGAACCCCGGCGGCUCAUCCGGGCCUUCCAAGGGCAACUGGAGGAAAUCCGGGACCGGAUUGAGGAGAGGAACCACCUGGCUGAGCUGAGAUACAACUACCUGAACCCGCUGGAGACGGAGAACAGCAUCUCCAUCUGAGCAUGGGAGCUGCACCCACUCAGCACCCCCAGCACUCCCAGCACCCUGCACCUGGGCACCCCCAGCACCCAGCAACCCCAGUAUCUGGACACCCAGUGCACCCAGCACCUCCAGAACACCCAGCACCCUGCACCUGGGCACCCCCAAUACACAGAACCACCAGCAUCUGGACAUCCAGUACACGCAGCGCUCCCAGCAUCCCUUACAUGGCCAUCCCCAACACCCUUGUCACCCAGCAUCCUGCACUUGGACAAUGCCAGCAACCCCACGACCCCACACCUGGAAACCCUCAGCAUCUACCCCCAGCACCCUCAGCACCCCCCACUCCAUUUCCCUCCCCCCAAUAAAUGCCAGCUGUCCAUCCUUA